UUCCUCAAGAAAAAACUUCCUUACCCUUUUCUCCUUUUCUCUGUUUUCAUCUUCCUGACUCCUGGGUAUGUUCAAAAGCUACGCUACUCUGUUUUCUCUCUCCAUCGUUUGACUUUGACCGCCCCCCGUUUCUAUCUUCACUUCAGUUAAUUUGUUCUUGAUGGGUCUUUAAAGUUCUUGUCUUUCUAUUCUGUGUUUUAUUUUAUUAAGCUCUGUCUCGAUACUCCGUGUCUUGAUUUUUGAGGGGGUUUAGCCAAAGGUUGUCUCUUUCUUGCAGGAUUUGUCGCCUCAAUGUGAUAAUUUUCAAAGUUGUUUGGCGUGUUGACUGUUGUCUUUCAGUUUUUCCUGUCCUUGAAAUUCAUCAAUUAGAGAUAGAAUUUUAUGGUGUUUUAGAAUUUGGGUUGUGAGAUAGUCAUGGAUCCUAACGAAUUCUCUGAUUAUAUAAAUGAUUUCAGAGUUGGAGAAGAUGCAAUCUUCCCUAAUUCUGAUCAGUUUACAAGUCUCACAGAUGGGUUCAAUUUCAAUGUUCCAUCUCCAGAUCUUAGUUUCAUGGAUGUCCCAUUGGUUCUCCCUAAUGCAGAACCUGCUAGUUUUCCUGCAUCUGUUUCUGUUAGCCCUGAUGAUGUCUUGUUCUCUUCAACCACGGGAUGGAGUCCAGAGGGAGAUUCUUCCUCUCCCAGCGAUGAUAGCGAAGCCUCAGAUCCGGUUCUCAAGUAUAUAAGCCAGAUUCUUAUGGAGGAGAAUAUGCAGGAUAAGCCCUGGGAAGAUCCAUUGGCUCUGCGCGAAACUGAACAAUCACUGUAUCAAGUUCUGAGAGAGCAGUAUCCUCCACCAAUUAAUCAACCCCAUCCUUUUGUGGAGAGUCCAGAUACUAUUAUAUCUGGUAGUAGCAAUGAUUAUGUUAGCAAUAACCAUUCAAGUACUAGCCCCAGCACUAGUACUAGCACUGGGACCGACAAUCCGUGGGUUUCUGAUGUUGAAGAUCAUAGUCAUCCACAAUUACAAGUUCCUCUUCCUAGUGACCACCACUUCCAGCCCAAUUCAAACCAACCGACUUCAAAGCUUUUUGUUAACUCCACCGAUACCGUGGGUAAUGGGCUCAUGGGAUCCGCUACAACUGAAUAUAUAGUUCAGAAUAUGUUCACUGACAUGGAAUCUGUCUUGCAGUUCCAGAGAGGAUUUGAGGAAGCUAGCAAGUUCCUUCCCAGAACUGACCAACUGAUUAUUGAUGUAAAGAGUAAUACAUUUGCUCCCAAUCAAAAGGAGGGGAAGAAUGAAAAGCAGCAAUCACCUGAUGGGUCGAGGGGUAGAAAGAAUCAUGAACGGGAGGACGGAGAUUUAGAGGAAGGGAGGAGUACCAAGCAGUCAGCAGUUUAUGUGGAAGAGGAUGAGCUAUCCGAGUUGUUUGACAAGGUACUGCUCUAUAAUUGUAAGCCUGACAAUUGUGAAGCUGCUAAGCAUGAAGAAAGCGGAGCCCUGCAGAAAAAUGGACAACCAAAGGAAUCUAGUGGCGGAAAAUCCCGUUCAAAAAGACGGGACAAGACGAAGGAAACAAUUGACUUAAGAAAUCUCCUGGUUCUCUGUGCACAAGCUGUCUCUUCUUUUGAUCGGAGGACUGCUGGUGAGCUACUAAAGCAGAUUAGGGAGCACUCUUCCCCUUUUGGUGAUGGGUCUCAGAGACUAGCCCAUUACUUUGCCAACGGCCUUGAGGCACGCUUGGAUGGGAGUGGAACUAGAACUCCAAAUUUUUUCGGUUCCCUAACUUCCAAGAAGAUGACAGCUGCUGAUGGAUUGAAAGCUCAUAAAGUUCUCUUAACAGCUUGUCCAUUUAAGAAGUUAUCCUUUGUCUUUGCCAACAAAAUGAUCUGCAAAAUGGCUGAGAAGGCAACUGCUCUUCAUAUUGUAGACUUUGGUAUCCUUUUUGGUUUCCAGUGGCCACUUCUUAUUCAGUUUCUUUCCAUGAGAGCUGGUGGACCUCCAAAGCUACGCAUUACAGGAAUAGAGCUUCCCCAGCGUGGCUUAAGGCCGGCCGAAAGAAUUGAGGAGACUGGUCGUCGUUUGAAAAGGUAUUGCGAGCGCUUUAAUGUUCCUUUUGAGUACAACUCCAUGGCAGUGCAGAACUGGGAAACUAUCCGACUGGAGGACCUCAAGAUUGAUAGGAAUGAGAUGCUUGCAGUGAACAAUCUUGGCCGGUUCGAGAGUCUCCUUGAUGAGACGACAGAAGUGGACUGUCCAAGGAAUGAUGUUCUAAAAUUAAUCAGGAGUAUGAACCCUGAUAUUUUUGUCCAUUUCGGAGUUAGUGGGUCUUACAAUGCUCCCUUCUUUGUUACGAGGUUCCGAGAGGCUCUUUUCCAUUUCUCUGCAAUGUAUGACAUAUUUGAUAGUACCCUACCCCGUGAAGAGCCUACAAGGUUGAUGAUUGAAAGCGAGUUUUAUGGGCGCGAGGUAAUGAAUGUUGUAGCAUGUGAGGGUUCAGAGAGGGUUCAGAGGCCAGAGACAUAUAAGCAGUGGCAGGUUCGAAAUAUAAGGGCAGGGUUCAAGCCACUGCCAGUGGACCAGGAACUAAUGCAGAAGUUAAGGCACAAAUUGAAGACUCACUACCACAACGAUUUUGUAAUUGACCAGGACGGUCACUCGAUGCUGCAAGGAUGGAAGGGCAGGAUUCUUUAUGCUUCCUCCUGUUGGGUACCUGCCGAGGACCCUAACCACCAUGCUAAGAUCAGAAACUCUUGAGAUUGUUUCAGGACUAAACAGGCCAUGUUAAUUUACAAAAAGAAUUAAGAUCAUACAUGGUGCACUGUGCUUUAUUCUCCAAGAACCUCAUCGUGUUCGAAGAAUUGAAGUAUCAGGCUUUGAUUACCAAAUAUUCUGUACAUUAACUUGUGCUUUUAAUACAUCUAUGGUGUAGAUGUAAUGUCAUCCUCUAAUCGUAGCACUUUGGUGAAAAAUCACUGAGAUUGUGAUCACAAUGUCUAGUGGCUUUUCCAAUCUAUGCUUUUAAUGUGGGCAUAUUUUGCAGGUUUUUUUCUCUGUUUUACCUGUAAGCUAAUAAUGAAAUAUGUUCAUUUUG